AUGGCCAACCUCACUCUAGUGACAGGAUUCCUCCUCAUGGGCUUCUCCAAAUCUUGGGAGCUGCAGGUCUUACAUGCCAUACUCUUCUUGCUGAUCUACCUGAUGUCUCUGAUGGGCAACUUGGUCAUCUUCACCCUCAUAUCUCUAGAUGAACACCUUCACUCUCCCAUGUACUUCUUCCUGAAGAACCUGUCCUUUUUAGAUCUUUGCUUUAUUUCCACCACACUCCCUAAAUCUAUCACAAACUCCCUGAGCAACAGUCGUUCUAUCUCCUUCAUGGGGUGUGUUUUACAGCUCUUUUUAGUCAUUUUAUUUGGAGCAUCUGAGUUGUUUCUCCUCACAGUGAUGUCCUAUGACCGCUAUGUGGCCAUCUGUCUGCCCCUGCACUAUGAAGUCAUCAUGACCAGGGGACUUUGUGUGAAGAUGGCAGCUGUUCCCUGGUUUGUUGGAAUUUUGUUUGGAACUCUGUACUCAGCUACGACAUUCACUUUGCCUUUCUGUCAUUCCAAGGAGAUCCAUCAAUUCUUUUGUGAUGUCCCUUCAUUACUUAGACUAUCCUGCUCUGAUGUACACAUUGGCGUAGAUGUGACUUUGGCUAUGGGUGUUGCUUAUGGGAUUCUCUGCUUUAUUUCCAUAACUAUAUCUUAUGGGCCCAUCUUCUCAACUGUGCUGAAGAUUCCAACCACAGAGGGUCGCUCAAAAGCCUUCUCCACUUGCAUCCCCCACCUCACUGUUCUCAUGGUCUUUAUCACAACCGCAGUCAUAGUUUAUCUAAAGCCACCUCAGCAAUCUGACUCAGUUAUUGACCUGUUGUUGUCUAUGUUCUAUGCUGUAGUUCCCCCAACUCUGAACCCUGUCAUCUAUAGCUUAAGAAACAAGGACAUGAAGACUUCUCUGAGAAAGCUAAUAACCCGAAAACAUAUCUCAUAGAGAUGAAUGCUAUAAUCUUUUUUUUCCAAAAUUGUGGUUUGGCUUUACUGAAAAAGAAAUCAGCUGUGCUUUUUCUGUGCUUACUGGCUUGAAUUCUAUCUUUGUUUCCUUGGGUCUGUGUCAUUAGAUAUGAAAUGCUGCCUCUUAGAGCACCCAUACAUUAUUAAUAAAUGGUUUUCAAAGCAUAUAUGCAUACAUAAAUACUCAAAAUAUAUUAAUACUUUAUAUGUUUCAAUCUUUCUUUUGUUUAAUGUGCUUUUGCAGUCUCCUACUAUCUCAUCUUACACUA